CCCUGACAAGCUCAGAAACUAUCUACAAAGUGCAGGGAUUUCUGUUGGCAAAUAUCGCGUAGAAGUCAUGUGAUUGUGACAAGGCUUGCGGCCAUAUUUGUUGAUCUGUUGAUGAGGAAGUGCGAAACGUUGCUUGGAAUUCUGAACAAAAACAUCAACUUUGAACCGAAUAUCGUCGGAAAAUAGCCAAUUUAAAGUGUUCAGUCUGUUCUUUUAUAUAUAUAGAUCAUAACUUUGUUGUCAUCAUGAAAACGUAUGAAGUGAUUACUACGUUGGCAGUGUUUGUAUUUUUGAUGUGUCUUUCGCAUGGACAGUCUCAAUCUUCUAGUACAACGACAACGACAACAGCAAAACCAGUCCCUGCCACCACAACCUUGACCCCGGAAGAAGAAUGUACGAAAGUUAAUUACAGUUGUGAUACGUGUGUGGCGAAAGCAGAAUGCAUGUGGUGCGAAACAGGGCCACUUAAGUGUAAGCCAUAUCCAGUUGGACAUAUCAUACCCCGUGCGGAAGAUUGUGAUCUUGGUGAGGCAAGAUGGGGUGUUUGCUGGCUGAACUUCAAGGUGCUCAUUAUAACAAUGUCUGUGAUAGCCGGUAUACUACUGAUCUCAACAUGCUGCUGCAUCUACUGCUGCUGUUGCCGCGGCAAGGGCAACAAGAAGAAGUACGCCAAGGAGGAGGAACGAUGGGAACGCGAACGGGAGGAGAGAAAACAGCGGGCUGACGAGAGAAAGGAAGAACGCAAGGAGCGCGCUGAUGAAAUACGUAAAAAAUAUGGAAUUGGAUUCAAAGGCUCGGCUGGUGUUGACGACACAGCACGUCUUAUCAAGGAUGACAACCCUUACCAAAGAUUUGACGCAUAAGGCUAGAUGGAAGAUCACAAGAUUGCUGUGUUGACGUGGAUAAAUUUAACCUACAUUUCAUAGUGCUUAUUCUGCGCAUUCCCUGCCCUUGAUUGUCCCUUCUCAAAUUCUGGGGAGAAGCUAAAUUGGGGUGUGGGACUCUAUCGACCGAGUAGAAAGGUGAACCAGUGACAUAAAUGAUCACAGAUGUAUUCAGUUGAUCAAUUCGAUACUUGAGCCCAUGUCUUCAUGUAUAUCAUAUUUGGGUCCAUUCCUUUAACUCUUUCACUACCGUACCCGGUAAUUGCCGGUUCCGUACAUUGCGUACAAGUGGCCCACAGUAAUCCUUACUGCUAAAUUUUCUACGAAAUUCUACAUGUAUGAUUCACAACAGUCGGAAGUUUUUGGUUGGUUACACCUGAAAAACAAGAUGGCAGCACUGCACUUAACUCAAUGCAGAUUUCGUCCCUGAGAUUGGGUAACAAUGAAACUUUUCCUGAGCCAAACUGGGAUCCAGGCCGCCCGGUCUAUUACCGUGUACGGGCCAGGGGUAUGGGACACUGCCAAAAUGCUGCGGUAGGCUAGCGAAAGAGUUGAUGUCAGACAUGGCCACAAAAUGGCAUUUCCUGUCAGAAAUUGAACUAAAAGUGUUUGAAUAGUUGGUUAAAUUGAUUCACUGCAAGUUGAGGUAUAGUUAGUCUCAGGCUGAUUGCAUUCCGGCUCGUCCCCCUGUGAUGUGGAUUCCCCUUCCCUGCUGCUUACUGAGCUGUUCAGUCAUUUUGCUCGAGCUUGGAGGAGCGGCAGUGACACAUUUGCACCUGAAAAAGGAUAAUGAACUUUUUUACAGCGAGAGAUGAAUAGUUUGGAUCUCAAAUGCCAUCAAAAGAUUCUAAAUGUGACCUGAUCUAGCAAAAAGAGGCAGAAGUCGUAUUUAGGGAAAAGGGAGAAAAAGGGGAGAAAUAAUUAUUUUAUGACUUUCCUGAGUCAUUUCAAUUAUGUCUAGUGGUGUUUCGAGACCACUAAAGCCAUGAAAUACAGCAAAAUAAGUUGUUCCUUCAAAUGUUUAUCAAUAAAUAACCUAUUUUCCAACAAGUCUUUCUCAACUGUUUACUUGCAAGCUUUUUACAAGCCCAUCAUCAAGAGAUGUAUCAGAUCAGUACCAAUAGCUCAAGAAUUGUACCCAAUAGCCCCCUUUUGCCAGAGUGGGUCACAAAUGCUCAAAGCAUCACCUGAGAGAUUGACCAGAAUACAGGUUCCUCAAUCUCCUCAGAGCUUUCAUGAGUGCAUCAUUCAGGCUUAACCUACUGGGAACAAUUUUUCUGCUGGGGGUGCCUUUUUCUUGAGACUGACUCUGCCCCAUGUUGGCUGUUUAACAAAACAAGAAGAUGUUGAUAUUAUGAUACCAUGUUCUGUCCUGGAGUUAAGUGUUAGUUAAUGUUUAUAUUGACAUGAGCAAGAUUCACUGCAAUAUUCAAGAUUUCACUAUGAUGGCAAUUGCUUUGCAUAGCCAUGCUGUCCGUCGAUUUAUAAAACGAGAUACCAUUUUUGUGAGAAAAAAACUUUGGCCUUCAUGUUUCAGAUGGGACCACCUACAUUGUAUAUUAUCACAGAGAGUUUCCUUUAUGAUGGUUUGCAUGAUUUCUGUUUCAGAGGAAGACUCGUGGGGGGGGGGGGGGGUUGGCUGGUGCAUGAGCAUUUUCAUUCUUAUUUUUGAAAUAGGGUUCAUCUCACACUUGACUAUUCCUGACUUAGGUCUUCUGCCAAUCUGUUCCAUUUCUUACUCAGACCAAAAUCAACUUUGGCACUUUAAGGGUUAAUAGCCUCAUUUAUUUCGUAUUGCACAUAGUGAACACUUAUAUAAUUAGUGUGUUUGUACAGUCGCGCUUGUUUGAUAUGCACAUGUAAGGUUGAAAUACAUGUUGUACACUGAAUGACUGGUGUGUUGUGCUAUUGCAAUUACUUACUUUUAACCCUUGAAGUCUAGAUGACAAGAAUUUAUUCUGUGCAAAGUGUAAGGAAUCAAAUCGGCACCUCUUGUGUCUAGAUUUUGGUAUCUUCCUCUGGUGAUUAGUAAUUUCACUACCAUACAUGUACUCUUAAUAAUGCCUCAUCUUAUAUUUGGGCCAUUUAGACGGCAGGCGAAAAAAACACAUUUGGAUCGGAUUCGGAUGUGAUCUGAUCGAACCACAUUCAGGUCUCAAAAAUUGUGCGCCUUUAGCCGAUCAGCGCAAUCCGGUCUCAUCUGGACACAUUUCUUUAGAUGUGGAACUCUGUUGCUUGUGGAGGUGUAAAGAAAUGCUUUAGUGCGCAUGCACCUAGGUAAAAUCCAGAUUCGGUAUCCAUUUGGGUUUAGACGACGCUUUUGAUCUGGAUGCAUCAAGAUUAAAACUACCUUGAUCGAAGACCACAUUGAUCCAGAUAAUUUUGCAUUUAGACGACAAAAAUUUAAGAGAAGCUCUCUGAAUGGCCCUAAUGAUGAAAAUUUUGUCUUAGUUACACUUCAAUUUUUCUCCUCGGUCUUUGAGGGUUAGAAGUUCUGCUAAGUUAUUUCGAAACAAGAAAAAUAUGGUUCAUUUAUUUGUUGGUGUAUUGACAAAACUUCCUUGCAACAAUUAUAUAAAAAGAAUGUAUAUUUGUACUUAUGCUGCAGAAAUUUUGGAACAAAUGAAUUUUGGAAUUUGGAAUUUUGGAACAAAUGUUUUGAGUAAGAAAAUGUUCUACGUGUAACUCAAAUUUUGCCCGAUUCUGAUCUGAUUGGUGUAUGGUGAUUGUAAUAUAUUUUUGGAAGCAGGUUUGAUUUGUUGAGGGUUAGUAGUGCUCUUCGAUGUGUCUGUCGAUGGAUAUUUUGGCUGUAGGAUGUAUAUACCAUGAUACCCACGAGGAAGUUUUGUGUAAGAGUCGGUGGUCUACUACUAGACGUGUGCCAUUGUUUGAAGUUAAACCUACCAUUACUGUAAAUAUGAUUGUUCUGUGUUCAAAUUUAAAUGACAUCUUUGAAAAUGUGUGGUAGGUUUGAGGCUUUUCUGCUGGCUUAAAUCGCAUCCUUGUAUCUCAUUAAGAAAUAUUUAGGCCGUUUGGUUGCGAUACUAAAAGCUUUGAAGGUAAAGCGGAAAUAUAGCCAAAAUCCUGAGUCGUAGGCACGGAUUUUGACUGAAUUUUUGCGACGCCCAUGAGGAUUUUGGAAUCGCAACAUUUUUGGUUCCUUACUUACAGCAUUAGUCUUGAAGAAAAUUGUGUCUUUGUGAUGUCUGAACGAAACUUAUUUAUGUAUAUAGUGUUUGUCAAAUUUCAAUAUUAUUUACACACACAUUGAUAUAGCUAAUAUCUUUCAAAUGUCGGGAUGUGACUUUUGCAUGAGACCAUAUAAAUAAUUUCACGUGUGCUCACCUCAAAAUGAUGUUUAGAAAGUUAGACUGACAGGAACGGUAAAUCUUCAUGCUGACAGUUUUUGCAUCAAUUUUACGAGGGUAAUUAUCAUAGAAGAUAAUUCUUGCAGUUGUUGACAUGUCAUGUGUGGAUUUGUCAUGGUAAUACUGUAGCAAGUUCAUGUCAAAUAACUAAGGUAUAUACCAGGUGCGUGCACUGGCUACUACUGGUCCACAGUAAUGCGUACUGCUAAAUUUCCCCCCUUGUUCUAUCCUAAGUCCCUAUAAGUCUUAGGUUGGUACACCUGAAAAACGAGAUGGAGCACUGCACUCAUCUCAAUGCACACCUCGGCCUUAAGAUUGGGUGAUGCUAGCUAUUUUACAAUGAAACUUUUCUUAUGCCAAGUUGGGAUCCUGGCCGCCUGGUCUACUGGUUGUCGGCCAGGGGUACAGUACAUUUCGACAUCCUGCGAUAGCGAAAGGGGUAAUGGCCAUUUUAGGUCAGUAAGGAGAAACUAAAAUAUUUUUAUGAAUUUUUGGUUACCAAUGUUCAAUUGUCUUAGAGCUGAAUUGGAUGAUUGAAUGUAUGGUGUAUCUCACCUUUGCUUCCUUUUUGCCCGUUGUACAUAUCUGUUAAAUAGUGAAAUAAAUACUUUUCUGAUGUCACAA